AUAUCACGUGACUCUCUGACGGCUCUUCCGGAGAGGGGGAAUUACCGGUUGUUGACGUCGGACUCGGAAGGUCCUUCCCGUUCAUGGGAUUUAGCCUUUACCCGUUGUUGCGAAGUGACUAGAGUAGGAGAAGCUGAGGUUCCAGCGAGAUGUCGGCGUAUGAGAGCGCUCAGAAGGGGGCCCUGCGACUCAAAGGAAUCGGGGGUAUCAGUGAGGGGAAAAAGAAGAAAAAGAAAGAUAAAGAUAAAAAUAAGAUGAUGCAACAGAUUUUGACCAACACAAAAAAUGAAGAGGAAAAGAAGAAGCCAGCUUUAGAUAAAAGAACGCCAGCACAGAUUGCAUUUGAAAAGAUGCAGGAGAAAAGACAAAUGGAAAGAAUUUUAAAGAAGGCUUCAAAAACACAUAAACAGAGAGUUGAGGAUUUUAAUCGACAUUUGGACACCCUUACUGAACAUUAUGACAUUCCUAAAGUCAGCUGGACCAAAUAAUCCUAUUUAUACCUUCAUGGACAUGAUACAUUCAUGACAUAAUAUAUAUAUUUUUUUUUUAAACUUGGUGUGUGUCAUUAAAAAAAACUUGUGAACAA